AUGCCCCCAACUCUCUCGACGAUUGGUAUUUCAAGGAACAUUGUACAAUCCAAGACUGCUGGAGAACUGCCCUUGAUGCCAGACGGUAGCGCCGCCGACCCAGCGAGCAAUGGCGUCGGUGUACUGAUUGCCAAUUGGACCGGCGCGUCGGGAGGAAACUAUGCCCAAGCAGCCGCAGACCAACUGACUUUUCUCCUCACCAUCACUCCUCGAGCCCCCAACGGUGCCAUCUCCCACCGAGCCGACGAAGCUCAGCUCUGGUCCGAUUUCGUGUACAUGGUCCCUCCCUUUCUCGCAUACUACGGCGUCCUGACCGAUAACCAGACACUCGUCGAGGAGUCUUACAACCAAAUCAAGUUGUAUCGCGACGUGUUGGCUGACGAUACCGGGAUGUGGCAGCAUAUUCGGCUUGGGAGUUUUGAAGAUCGCGGGUACUGGAGUACGGGCAACGGAUGGGCCGCCAUGGGCAUGCUACGCGUCUUGGUCACGAUACGCGGUAGCCAAUGGUCCAGAUCAAUGCGUAAACAUGUCUCGGAUCUGGAAAAUUGGACUGAAGAGAUCUUGAAUGCUAUGUGGCCCAAACUCACCAACCAAGGCAUGUUCUACAACUACGCAGACGACUCGUCCACGUUUCAAGACGCAGCCUCUGCCGCACUCAUCGCAGCAUCCACAUACCGCCUCUCGCUCGUCUCCGGGAUCCACACCCACCUGCCCUCGGCCGAACGAGUCCACGCCGCGCUGUCCAACGUCGGACCAUCGACGAACCCGAAUGCGCGAGUCACGCCUGACGGAUGGCUCACCCCGGUUGUGAACCCGCAUUCGUUUGGGGAAGAGGGGCAGGAAAGUGCAGAGGGGCAGGCAUUUGUGUUGCAGAUGCAUGCCGCGUGGGCGGAUUGGGUGAUGGAUGGACGCCAAGGUGCUAAUUCUGCCAAGAGGACAUGUGGUGCUGCCAGGUGGUUGGUGGUAUUGGGCGUGUUGGUGGGUGUGUUGGGAGUUGGGGCGUAA